AUGAACAAUUUCAAUGGAAUAGUACCUCCUGACUUGUUUACUAUCCCAUCAUUACAAUACUUGGAUCUUAGUUAUAAUCAACUUGAUGGCCAUCUUGAUGACUUUCAUGCGAGUAAAUCACAGUUGUCUUACGUUGAUCUAAGCAACAACAAGCUCGAUGGCCCAAUUCCAAGGUCACUCUUUGGGCUUCUGCACCUGGAUACUCUCAUACUUUCGUCAAAUAACAUGACAGGCUUUCUUGAUCUAGAGAUGAUUUCACAACUCAAGAAUCUUACCUCUCUUGAUCUCUCAUACAACAACUUGUCCUUGAGCCUUCCUAGUAGCAACCAGAAUUUAUCCUUCCCCAUGUUUAAUUCCUUACUUUUGUCCUCAUGCAACCUAAGAGAAAUCCCAACAUUCUUGAGAGAUUCAAAGUAUGUGCAAACUUUAGAUCUUUCGAGCAACAAAAUUCAUGGGCGUCUACCAGAGUGGUUCUGGGGACUUGGAGAGGAUUCGUUGGAAUAUCUGAAUCUUUCACACAACCUUAUGACAAGUUUCCAAAGAUUUCUUCCAUGGCAGAGCUUAUCCAUAAUUGAUCUCCACUCAAAUUUACUUCAAGGGUCACUUCCAGAUGCAGUGUAUUGGCCAGAAGUAGUUUUAAUGUCAACAAAUAAGUUGACUGGAAAGAUUCCUCUUUCGAUCUGCAAUGCGAGCCAUGCCUCAAUUAUUGACUUGUCUGAUAACCACUUGAAUGGCAAAAUUCCACAAUGUUUGGGAGAAUUCAGCGAUUCGUUGAUUGUUUUAGAUCUACGAACGAAUAACUUUCAUGGGGUAAUACCUACGAAGUUUGCUGAAUGUGGAAGCUUAAUGACUCUUUCCCUGAACGGAAAUCAAUUGGAGGGAUCGUUGCCACGUUCUCUGCAUAAUUGUAAAGAAUUGGAAGUUGUUGAUAUUGGUAACAACAAAAUUAGUGGUCAGUUUCCCCAUUGGUUGGGAGUUCUUCCGAAGCUUCGGGUUCUUGUCUUAAGAUCUAACAAGUUCCAUGGUGCCAUAGUCAGCCAUAAAACUAAACCUUGGUUUCCUAUGUUGCGAAUCAUGGACAUCUCUCACAAUGAAUUCACAGGCUCAUUGCCUACCAGGUUCUUCGACAAUUUAAAAGCUAUGUUGAGCCUGGGCAGUUAUGAACUACGGGAACUGCAAUACGUGGGACCUGAAGACGGCUACUAUCAGGAUGAUGUGAAGAUUACCAUGAAAGGGAUGGAUAUUGAGCUGACAAGAAUUCUUACCAUCUUGACCACCAUUGAUCUAUCCAACAACAAAUUCAGUGGGGAAAUUCCAAGCAACAUUGGAAAGCUUAAGUCGCUUAAAGGGCUCAACUUUUCCCAUAACAAUCUUAUGGGAUGCAUUCCAUCAUCAAUUGGGUCCUUGACAGACUUGGAAUGGUUAGACCUCUCUUCAAAUCAACUUACUUGCAGCAUUCCACAAAAGUUGUUGGAUCUGACAUUCCUUGAAGUCUUGAACUUUUCAUACAACAAACUUGAGGGACCAAUCCCACAGGGGAAGCAGUUCAAUACAUUUUCAAACGAGUCCUAUCUAGGAAACUCGGGAUUAUGCGGAUUUCCAUUGUCCAGAGUGUGCAACCAAAGCGAAACCCAGCAUCCUCCAGCACGACAACAAAAUGUUUCAUCAGGUUCAAUGUUUGAGUUCGGGUGGAAAGUAGUAGUGUUAGGGUAUGGAUGUGGAGUCAUUUUUGGACUGAUUAUGGGGUAUGUGGUGUUUUCAACUGGGAAACCUCAAUGGCUGCUGCUGAUGGUUGAAGGACUUCAACCCCGAACGCUGAAACGGUCAAAACUCAGUGGUAGACGCUGUCGUAGAAGCAACUAG